UACUUGCUCGAGCUGAACAAUCAAAACAAAUAACACAUAAUCGUAACCUUACAACUGUCCGCACUUAAUGAGUCGCAUUAUGUAUGAUUGUCAACAAUAUCAUUCGAUUGGUUGAUUCUAAUAGCAUCGUAAAUUUUACCGGUACGAGAAUAUAGAGUUCACUACGGUGUAUAAAAUCUAAGAAUAUCCUAUCGUUAGGCUACAUCAUGGAGAUGCUCGGUCGGUGCGACGUCCCCUUGCUAUUUUAGUGUAUUUUUAGAAAUAUUGCAUAGAAAUACUUUGUCAUAGCCGCACGAUAAUUAUAUUUUGACAGAGUAUCGGCAGUGAUUCGCGGCGAAAAUGAGCCAGGGCUGUUGGAAAUUCGACGGGGAGAAUAAAGCGUUGUAUAUAGACCUUGACGACGAAGACACCGAAGAGGACAAAAAAAAGAAAAUAUACAGUCAUUGGGAUGAAACGCCUGACAUAAUUCUAGAGAAAGUUUUUUCUUACCUAACCGUUCGUGAACGCUAUUAUGCAUCUUUGGUGUGCAGAUCAUGGUACCGUGCCUUUAAGUUGCAAAGCGUAUGGUCAACGUUUACAUUAGAGGAUACCACGCUUACUAGGGGCAAGUUUAACUAUUACAGUGGGUGGCAGUAUGUUUUGGAUCAUAUGAGAACAUCUGCGUGUUUAAAUAAAGUUGGUCAAAAUUUUCGUUCGUUGGUUUUCGAGCCUAUGUUAAACUUUUAUAAUCUUUACGAGUUUAUGAAUAUGAUAUCUUGGUAUACGGAGAAACAAGGGUCUGAUAAUACGUCGGUGGCAGGAGUCGGUACCUAUAUCAGGCGACUUAAAUUUACGUUUCCUUGCAAUAUGGCAAACAGAGAUGAUCCUGACCGCAUCAGACUGUUUGGUACCGGUGGAAAAUUGUUGGAAGCAUUGAAAAGACUUAUGCGUAAUUUAUGUAACAUAAGAUGUUUAGAGUUAAUAGAUCUUAUGUUAGACAGUAAAGAAGCUUUACAUUUAAUGGAUGAUAUUUGUGCGAAUUGUACGCAAACAUUGUCAAAAUUAGUAUUAAUUAACACCACAAGGUAUUAUUGCCCCCUCUUACAUGUUGGAGUAUUUAUUAAUCUAAAAGUAUUGAUCAUUAGUCCUCAAAAUCUUCACGAAGAUGUAAUAGAUUUAAUUGGGUACACUAAAUUGAAACAUCUUCAUAUCGUUCAAAAUCGCUAUAGUCCAAAGGAUACAACAAUGAGAUUGCCUAAAAGAAAAUCUUGGAUAAAAAUGAAAGAAAAUAAUCCUUACCUUAAAGUACAUUUUGAAGUGGAAAGUUACAAGCCCACAGAUAUACUUUUGCCCAUUGAUUUAUUGGAGCACGGCGGUAUUCCGUGUCAUAGUAUUGUUGUAGAUAAUCCAAAUACACAGAUUUCAUCCUCCACUGUUCAUACUCAUGGAACAUUUUUUGCAUCAACGAUAAGAGUAUACGCUUUCAAAGGACUGACAAGAUACUUCUUGCAUAGAAAUUUUGCGCAAAGAUUGGAUGAAGCAUUAGUGCAAUUCUGCAAAAUGUGUCCAAAUCUUCAUACACUGAUGAUCCGAGAUAAGGUAUCAACAGCUACGAUUUUAGAAAUUGUUUCUACCGCCAAGGCUUUGCGUUGUUUACAUGUCCGACGAAACGCAGUUUUAAAGAGAUGCGAUAGAGAUUGGUUGAAAAUAUUGAAUUGGUCACCGGAACAUUAUCAAUGGAUUAAAACGAGUAGUCGCAGCUAUGAAACUACCGAGAAAGAAGUCUCUAGAAUAUUGGGAUACAGAUGGCACAUGCUAUCCGAAAAAGAAUUUAAAAAUCAAACGUUAAAAUUACACUUAUAACGUACCUAUGCAAUUAACUCAAUUACUCUCUAGUGGAGUAAUUUGAGUAUUACAAACAUUUUAUAUCGGUUGACUUUCUUAAUAUACUUCCAUAUAACUAGUCGAAAAAAGAAAACAUUACUACAAUGCAUAUUUAAUUUAUGAGAGGACGUUUGAUUAGUACCUGACUUUCCCGGCCCUUUUUCAAUCUCCCGGUGUCAGAACUAAAGGAAUUUCAUGGAUUGUAUAUGAUAUAUAUGUAAAGAGUAUUGUGUGCAUCCAUCGUACUAUAACCUUGUAUUCGAUUUAAUCAGGGUAAUUUCUUUACACUUUCAUGACCAAGCUGUGAUGUAAAUAUAAAUCUACAAGAGAUGGAUUAUUUAAAAAUAUAUGUUGGAUUGUUAUGUGCAAAGAUUGUACUAUUAUUGAAAUUGUAAUAAAGUUAAAAAAAUUGCAAG